CACUUGUCGGAAAUGAUCAGUGAUAUAUAACUUUGACACAUCCACUUCUUCUUUACCAAAUAAAGUUAAUUUCGACUCGCACGGAAACAGAACAUAGAAGAUUAUCGAAGCUUCCUUUUUCCUGGCGGCUGAGAUUUCGAUCGGGAAAGUGUAAAUUAAAAAUGGCUUCAGGGCAAGACGACGGAACAAACAUCUCCCCAUCGGAGCCAAAGCUCUGCGUGAAUGGCUGCGGAUUUUUCGGAACAGCUGCUACCAUGAACCUCUGCUCCAAAUGCUAUCGCGACCUCAAAACCACCCAAGUCCAAGCUAAAGCCUCCUUGGAGAAAUCUCUAAACCGUAAACCCAAAACCUCCCUCGAAUCAGCUCUUGCAUCAACGAGCAGUGAAACGGCUCCACAGACUAGUGCCAAGACGAGGUGCUUGAGCUGUAACAAGAAAGUGGGCUUGAUGGGGUUUAAGUGCAAGUGUGGGAGCACAUUCUGUGGAGACCAUAGAUAUCCGGAGAAUCACGAAUGCGAGUUCGAUUUCAGAGGACAAGGAAGAGAUGCGAUUAGCAAAGCUAAUCCGUUGGUGAAGGGUGAAAAGGUUAAAAGAUUCUAAAAGUAAAAGAGUAAGCUGAAGAAUGCCUUUUUUUUUUCUUUUUGCUAUUAAAAGGUGAUCCUUGUGUUGUAUGUGUAUAUAGCUAUGGUUUGAUUCGGUUUGUGUUCUUGCUAUUGGUUUGGAUGUGGUGGAGUCUUGUUCUGUAAUAAAAGAAUUUUCAUAGAACUUGUGUGUGUGAAGAGUUUCUGUUAAAAUUGAAUUAUACUAAAAAUGUGUUUAUUUAUUUUA